AUGGCGAACGUAAUCGACGCGACGAUGCCGUAUAGACUUGUACAGGAGGAGACCGAUUCGUCUUCUUCCACCAAAAGAGAAACUAGCCCCGUCGACGCCGUUCUCUUCGUCGGGAUGUCUCUGGUGCUCGGUAUAGCUUCUAGGCAUCUGCUUCGAGGAACCAGGGUACCCUACACCGUCGCUCUCCUCGUUAUCGGAAUUGCUCUCGGAUCUCUCGAAUAUGGAACUCACCAUAACCUCGGGAAAGUCGGCCAUGGAAUUCGUCUCUGGAAUGAAAUCGAUCCAGAACUUCUGUUGGCUGUUUUCCUUCCGGCUCUUCUCUUCGAAAGUUCGUUUUCAAUGGAAGUUCACCAGAUCAAGAGGUGUCUGGGACAAAUGGUGCUUCUUGCUGGGCCUGGAGUUCUCAUUUCAACGUUCUGUCUCGGAGCGCUUGCUAAGCUCACAUUUCCGUAUGACUGGGACUGGAAAACGUCGCUGUUGCUUGGGGGACUUUUAAGUGCUACAGAUCCUGUUGCCGUUGUUGCUUUGCUAAAGGAGCUUGGUGCUAGUAAGAAGCUAAGCACCGUUAUCGAAGGGGAAUCUUUGAUGAAUGACGGGACGGCAAUUGUGGUUUAUCAGUUAUUCUUAAAGAUGGUUAUGGGGCAAGAUUCUGACUGGGGUUCUAUAGUCAAAUUUCUGCUUAGAGUCGCACUUGGAGCUGUAGGCAUUGGUAUGGCUUUCGGCAUUGCCUCGGUUCUAUGGCUCAAGUUCAUAUUUAAUGACACAGUGAUAGAGAUUACUCUAACGAUUGCAGUGAGCUACUUCGCAUAUUACACUGCUCAAGAGUGGGCUGAGGCUUCUGGUGUUUUGACGGUGAUGACCUUGGGCAUGUUUUAUGCUGCAUUUGCAAGGACAGCAUUUAAAGGUGACAGUCAAAAAAGUUUGCAUCACUUCUGGGAAAUGGUCGCAUAUAUUGCAAAUACUUUGAUUUUUAUCCUCAGUGGUGUUGUCAUUGCUGAAGGCAUUCUGGACAGCGAGAAGAUUGCCUACCAAGGAAAUUCAUGGGGAUUUCUUUUUCUCCUGUACUUAUACAUCCAACUAUCGCGUUGUGUUGUUGUUGGAGUUCUAUAUCCAUUGUUACGUCGUGCCGGCUAUGGUUUGGACUGGAAAGAAGCCACUAUACUCGUAUGGUCUGGUUUGAGGGGUGCAGUGGCGCUCUCACUUUCUUUAUCUGUGAAGCAAUCCAGCGGAAAUUCUUUUAUCAGCACGGAGACGGGAACAUUGUUUAUUUUCUUCACAGGUGGGAUUGUGUUCCUAACUCUGGUAGUUAAUGGAUCCACUACCCAAUUUGUUCUACGCCUUCUUCGCAUGGACGGUUUAUCAGCCACAAAGAAACGAAUAUUGGAGUAUACAAAGUAUGAAAUGCUGAACAAGGCCUUACAAGCGUUUGAAGAUCUAGGAGACGAUGAGGAGCUGGGACCUGCUGACUGGCCUACAGUUGAAAAAUAUAUUUCAAGCUUAAAAGAUUCAGAAGAGGAACAACAGAUUCAUCCUCAUAGUGGUUCUGAGAAUGGAAAUCUUGACCAUACGAGUUUAAAGGACAUACGUAUACGUUUCUUAAAUGGUGUUCAGGCAGCUUACUGGGAAAUGCUUGACGAGGGAAGAAUAUCUGAAAAUACUGCUAAUAUUCUGAUGCAGUCAGUGGAUGAGGCGUUGGAUCAGGUUUCCACUGAGUCUCUAUGUGACUGGAAAGGUCUAAAACCGCAUGUUAAGUUCCCGAGCUACUACAACUUUCUUCACUCUAAAAUCAUCCCACGCAAGUUGGUCACAUACUUUGCUGUUGAAAGACUGGAGUCUGCUUGCUACAUUUCCGCUGCAUUUCUUCGCGCACAUACAAUUGCACGGCAGCAAUUGUAUGAUUUUCUAGGGGAGAGUAAUAUUGGUUCUACUGUGAUCAACGAAAGCGAAAUGGAAGGAGAGAGAGCGAAAGAGUUCUUGGAGAAAGUCCGAUCUUCACUUCCUCAGGUUCUUCGUGUUGUGAAAACGAAACAAGUAACAUACUCAGUGCUGAAUCACUUACUCGAUUACAUUCAAAACCUUGAGAAGAUUGGUUUGUUGGAGGAAAAAGAAAUCGCUCAUCUUCAUGACGCUGUCCAGACUGGCUUGAAGAAGCUUUUGAGAAACCCUCCAAUAGUAAAACUCCCAAAACUGAGCGACCUUAUCACCUCACAUCCGUUAUCAGGUGCUCUUCCUGCUGCAAUAUGCGAACCUCUAAAACACUCGAAAAAAGAAACAAUGAAGCUGCGUGGUGUCACGCUUUAUAAAGAAGGUUCAAAGCCAACUGGAGUCUGGCUCAUUUGUGAUGGCAUUGUUAAGUGGAAAAGCAAAAGCUUAAGCAACAAUCACUCGCUGCAUCCAACUUUUUCUCACGGUAGCACAUUAGGACUCUACGAAGUCCUCACUGGGAAGCCAUACAUGUGCGACAUGAUUACAGACUCUGUGGUUCUCUGCUUUUUCAUUAGCAGCGACAUGAUACUAUCCAUGCUACAAUCAGAUUCCACCAUUGAAGAUUUCCUCUGGCAGGAAAGUGCUUUGGUUCUUGUCAAACUCUUACGCCCUCAGAUAUUCGAAAAAGUGGCAAUGCAAGAACUACGAGCCCUUGUUUCUGCUGAAACCUCCAAAAUGACAACAUACGUAUCUGGAGAAUCAAUCGAGAUCAGCUACAACAGCAUCGGUCUGCUACUAGAAGGUUUCGUAAAACCAGUUGGUAUCCAAGAAGAGCUCAUAUCAUCUCCUGCUGCAUUACUGCUUCCUUCUAGUGGGAAUCAAAGCUUCCGUAACUCAUCAGAAGCUUCAGGAGGUAUCAUGAGAGUGAGUUUCACACGGCAAGCGAUACAGUACAGUGUAGAGACGAGAGCGAGAGCUAUCAUCUUCAGCAUUGGAGCAUUUGGAGGUGACAGGACGCUGUAUCGAAGACCAUCUUCGCUAACACCACCACGUGGAUCAAGCUCUGAUCAGCUCCAGAGAUCGUUUAGUAAAGAACACAGAGGUCUCAUGAGCUGGCCUGAAAGUAUUUACAAAGCCAAACAAGAGGAAGAGAUCAAUAGAAAGACGUUGAGUUUAUCCGAACGAGCAAUGCAGCUUAGCAUUUUCGGCAGCAUGGUUAAUCUGUACAGGAGGAGUGCAAGUUUCAGUGGGAUCUAUAACAACAAGGCACAAGAGAACUUUUCGUACAAGAGGCUUCCACUAAACUCAGCGCAAGGACUCGUUUCAGCGAAAUCAGAAGGCUCGAUUGCGACCAAGAAGCAGUUUGAAGCCAGGAAGUUUGUGUCUCAGCUUCCCGCGCAAAUAGUAUCAGCGGAGAGCAGUACGAGACGGAAAACGACGGUGGAAUCAAGCGAUGAUGAUGAUGAUGAUGAAGAUGAAGGAAUCGUUGUGAGAGUUGAUUCUCCGAGUAAACUCGUUUUCAGGGACGAUCUAUGA